AUGACAUCCAAAGGCAACUGCCCGCUCAAAUUUAAACUCCUGGCCAAGUGUAGUGUCACCAAGGCACGCGUGGGGGUCAUUAAUCUUCUCCAUAGCGAUGUUUCCACGCCUGUUUUUAUGCCGGUUGGAACGAAAGGUUCGAUGAAGGGACUCCUUCAGCAGCAACUUUAUGCCCUCAAUUGCGAAAUAAUGCUCAGCAAUACCUACCACUUGGGGUUGAAGCCGGGCAUUGAGACGUUGAAGAAAGCAGGAGGAUUGCAUAAAUUCAUGAAUUGGUCACGGAGUCUCCUCACCGAUUCAGGAGGAUUUCAGAUGGUUUCCCUUCUGAAGUUGGCUGAAAUCACGGAGAACGGUGUCAAAUUCCAAACUCCCUAUUCCAAUGAUGAUGCCGAACUCACUCUUACCCCAGAACAUUCCAUUGAGAUUCAGAACGCCAUUGGAGCUGACAUUGCCAUGCAGCUGGAUGAUGUCGUAAAGACCACAACUCGUGGACCACGAGUUGAGGAAGCCAUGCACAGGACAGUCCGUUGGCUUGAUCGUUGUCUCAAGGCACACAGUCGAGACUCUGAGCAGAGCGUCUUUCCCAUCGUUCAGGGGGGUCUGGAACCCGAUCUCCGGCGUACGUGUACGCAACUCCUGACCGAACGUGCCUGCCGGGGGUUUGCCGUUGGUGGACUUAGCGGGGGUGAGAGUAAGAGCGAGUUCUGGCCUGUGGUGCGUCUCUGUGCUGAAUUGCUGCCCGAAGAUAAGCCUCGCUACCUCAUGGGCGUGGGUUUUGCAGCUGAUCUCGUUGUCUGUGUUGCUCUGGGCAUUGAUAUGUUUGACUGUGUCUUCCCCACAAGAACAGCCCGCUUCGGGUGCGCUCUGGUGCGAAGUGGACAACUGAAUUUGAAGCAAAAGACCUUUGCUAAGGACCUCCGUCCAAUUGACGAGACCUGCUUGUGCUCAACAUGCAAAUCCUACACAAGGGCUUACCUCCAUCACAUUGUAACGCUGGAACCGGUGGCUUGUAGCAUCCUCACCGUGCACAAUGUUGCCUUCCAGUUGCGCCUCAUGAGUGAGAUCAGGGAAGCCAUUGUGAAGGAUGACUUCCCCAAUUUCAUUCGGAACUUCAUGAAGGAACAUUUUGCCGGGAGAGAUGUACCCCAGUGGAUUGUAGAUGCCCUAAAAUCAGUCAACGUGGAGUUGUAGUGAACUUCAAUUUUUUUCACAUUCUCUUAUAUUUAAAUAAAAUGUAUUUAAUUACAGUGUUGGAUAUAAUGGAACUGUAUAAAUCACUUUUUGAAAUAAAAACUAUUUAUCACAACUUGCAGAAA